AUGAUAAAACAAAGACUGACUAUAAUAAAUUACGCAUUGAAUCAUGAUGACGUUAUAAAACACUUAAAUCAAACAACUUUAAUAUUGAAGUCAGCUAGUUCAGACAAACCAUUACUUGUUGAAAAUAAAUUUACAAUACCAUUUAAUAAAAAGUUACAACAUAUAAAUCAACUAAGAAUUCAAUCUAAAUUUAAUGAAGAGUCGAACAAUUUGAAUGAAAGUAUCAAUGAAUUUUUCCCGUUUGAAUUUACAUCAGGUAUAAAUAUUUAUGUUGAACCAAGAAACAAAAUUAAUAAUGAUGAUAAUGUUGAAUUUUUCAAGGAAUUGAAGGAAAUAACACAUGAAUUUAUUGGGCUAGAAAUUGGAGAAGAGCAAUGGGUAAAUCAUGUAGACUCGUUGUAUUAUUAUGACUUAUCACCUUCAAUUUUAAGAUUGGAAAGUCCAGGUGGUAAUAAAGAAUACUGGUACGAUAACAAAACUUUUGAUUUAAUAUACAAAAACAACGUCAAAGAAAAUCAAAUAACAUUACGUCAAAUAUUCACCUCAAAUGAAUUGGAUUAUAACUUAAAAUUAACGGAGUACAAAGAAAUCGGUAUAUUUUUAAAAGAUUCAAAGGUUUCAACUUCAAAAGAUGACCUUGUUCUUAGUGGAUUAAGAGUUAUUCUAGAUGGGCAAAGUGAGACUACUAAAGAUGGAGAAGAAAGUGACAAGAAUAUGUAUAAAACUAUGUUUCAUUUCAAGCCAAGACAUAGAUACUUGACUGAAGGCGAAUAUAAAACAAAUUUGAUAAAUAAUGGGUUACAUCCAAUUUUCAAUACACAAAUAAGUUUGCCGGAGUUGGAAGAAGAUGAAGAAAAAAAAUCAUUUAUAAUUGAUGAUGAUGUUAUAAAUUGUAACUCAUUCAUUUACUUAAAUUUGAACAAGUCAUUGAUAUUUGACAAAUAUCAGAAUGUACCAAUCAAUACAACCUUAUUAAUUAGUAGUGGAUUUCAAGACUUAGAAUUACCAGAAUACAAAAUAGAUCAAUGGGGAAGAGAGCUUUUAUUCAAAUUAGAUGACGACUUCAAAAAUCAAAAAGAUUUUAAUUUAACAUUACAUUCAAGAUAUCAAUUACCACAAAAUAAUAACACCUUACAAAAUUCGUACACUAACAUCAUAAACUCAAAACCGAAAUACUUCAUUGCAUGUAAAAUUAAAGAUUCAGAAAUGUUAUCGAAAUCUCCAUUCGAUACAACUAGGCAUAGUUCAAUUGGAAACAACUAUGAAAAUUAUUUCGCUAAAGAUACUGUAUUUUAUCAUCCUAGAGAAUUGAAUGCUGAAAAAAAUUUACAAGUUUCAAUUCCACAUGGUAUCACUACAUUCAAUAGAAUUAAUUCAAUUACUACAAUUACUUUAAUUAUUGGUAUUUUGAUUAUUUUAACGAGUGUUGUUAAAUAUUUAUUCAAAUCAUUUACAUCUACAACUGAACAUAAAACUAAAAUAGUAAAAGUUGAGUAA